AUGCAGGAUGUUGUACGCCCGAAGGUAAAAACAAGCCCGUCGGUGGAGGAAAGUGAGCAGGCUGAAGGGGAAGAGGCUCGAGGAGCUGCUGGGGGUGUAGUUGAAGGAGUACAGACCCGCGCUGCAAAGGCUGCUGCUUUAGCGGAGGCAGAGGCAAGGGCUAGAGCUGCUGAGGCAGAAUUGGUGGCUCCCUUGAGGCAGAUUGAUCAGCCAGUUGUGAAUGCCCAAGGUGACGUGGCGAUACAUCCUAUGUUUCAAUACGUACCAUUUUCUACUACUGAUUUGUUAAAUUGGAAACAACAUUAUGGACCCCUUUCUGCUAAACCUACUGAGAUGGCGGACCUUUUUCAAACCAUUAUGCAGACCCAUAACCCUACGUGGAAUGAUAUACAACAGUUACUGAAUGUCUUACUAACCCCUGAGGAAAAGGAAAAAUGGAAGUUGGCCAUGAGGAAGGGAGUUAGGGAAGCGUUCCAAGGUGAUGCUGAUUUUGCUAGGGAGUUACCAUUACGAGUGCCAGAGGUGGAUCCAGGGUGGAACCCUCGGGUGCCCGAUGAUUUCACUCGUUUAGCAGAGUACAGGAAUGUGGUAGUAAGAGCUUUGAGAGUGGCAGGGAGACCCCCAGUAAAUAUGUCUAAACCCUCGUUAAUAACACAGGGGGCGGAUGAGAGUCCUGAGAGUUUCUUGCAGAGGUUAGUUGAGGCCUAUGAGUUGUACACACAGGUGGACCCUAGGUUGCCAGAGAAUGUAAGGAUUUUGAAUGAAAGGUUUAUAGCUCAGAGUCAUGACGAUAUUAGACGGAAAUUGCAGAAACAGGAAGGAGCUUUAGGGAAGAAUACGAGUGAGUUGUUGGAGAUAGCGAGGAAAGUGUAUGUUAAUAGAGAUAAGGUGGAGAAGAAGGAAAAGGAGGAGCAGGCUAGAGUUAAAAUGCAGAAGAAGGCCGAGUUAUUAGCGGUGGCUUUGCAAGGAGGAGUGUCCUUGGGACCGAACCAGUGCGCCUAUUGUAAAGGAACCAAAUUAGAGCAUGAGUUCCUCUAUAUUCCUGAGUGUCCGCUCCCAUUACUGGGCAGGGAUCUGCUUGGUAAAUUAGGAGCAACUAUUUCUUUUGAUGCAGGAAAACAGAGAGUGACAGUCAGACAUUCUCCGGAGGAGAUGUGGCGAUUGAUGGUAGUUAGGCAAAUAAAGGAAGAGGUUAGAGAUGAUGCAUGGCAGGAGUUUGAUGUACCAAGAUUGUGGGCUGAAGAUAAUCCUCCGGGAUUUGCAGCUCAUCAUCUUCCGGUAGUGGUGGAACUGAAAUCAGGCGCUGUCCCUGUACGUAUAGGUCAGCGACCUGUGUCUAGGGAAGCAGUUUGUGCUGUAUAUGAUAGUAUCCAGAGAUAUCUUGAGGCAGGAGUGUUGGUACCUAUUCAGUCUCCAUGGAACACCCCAAUAAUUCCAAUUAAGAAGGCAGAUGGCUCCUUUAGGCCCGUACAGGAUCUGCGCCCUGUAAACUGCCUGACAGUGACCUUGCACCCCUCUGUGUCGAACCCCUAUACUCUACUUAGUUUAAUUCCACCCCGAGCUGCUUGGUUUUCCGUUAUAGACUUGAAAGAUGCUUUCUUUACGAUACCUAUUCAUCCAGUUAGUCAGCCUUUGUUUGCCUUUGAGUGGGAACACCCCAGAAAUGGAACUAAAUCUCAAUAUACAUGGACUAGACUUCCUCAAGGAUUUAAAAACUCCCCUACCUUGUUUGGAACAGCUUUAGCCAAAGAUUUGCAAUACUGUGCCAUGCCAACAGGGAGAUACUAUCUUGCAUAUGUAGAUGAUGUGCUUGUAACAGGACAGGAUGAAAAUACUUGUUGGGAAAACACCAAGGCAUUAUUAGAACUGUUGUUGAAAUGUGGAUAUAGAGUUUCCCGGAAAAAGGCCCAGUUGGUGCAACGGCAUGUGAGGUAUUUAGGGUACGAUAUUGAACGAGGACAAAGAGCGCUGGGGCCAGAGAGAAAACAAGCAAUUUUGGCUCUAGCAGAGCCAAAGACGAAGAGACAGCUGCGAAGCUUCCUGGGAUUAGCAAGCUUUUGUCGGAUUUGGAUUCCAAAUUUUGCUUUAAUGGCCGCCCCUUUGAAUGUUGCAACAAGGGGGGCGAACAUUGAGCCGUUGGAAUGGGGAGGAGAACAAAAGAAAGCAUUCCGAGACAUUAAGGAAGCUUUGACACAAGCUCCUGCAUUAGCUUUGCCAAAUUUGCAGAAGCCUUUCAAUUUAUAUGUAGAUACUAACAAAAAUAUCACUUUGGGGGUAUUGACCCAACCGCUUGGGAGUUGGCAGCAACCGGUGGCUUAUCUUUCUAAACAACUAGAUGGAGUUGCAAAGGGCUGGCCUCAUUGUCUCAAAGUGUUAGCUGCUAUUGCGGAACUAAUACAAGAUUGUAAUAAGCUUACUUUUUCUUGUCCUAUAAAUGUGCACACUCCUCAUGCAGUGCAAUCAGUGUUAGACGCAAAAGGACAUCUGUGGAUAAGUGGACAACGGUUGGCAAAAUAUCAAGCUAUUAUGAUCGAGAACCCUCAGGUGCGACUAGUUGUUUCAAAUAGAUUGAAUCCGGCUACUCUAUUACCAACUGAGGCAGAGCCGGUGCAUGAUUGUUUGCAAGUGCUUGAGAAAGUGUAUGCUAGUCAAGCUGAUUUAACUGAUAUCCCUUUGCCAGAUGCCCAGCUUAACUGGUAUACAGAUGGAUCUAGUUACAUGAUAGAAGGAAAUAGAGUGUCUGGAUAUGCAAUAGUGGAUGAUGACAGGGUGGUAGAGUGUGGUCCUUUGGGAAAAGGACAUAGUGCGCAAGUAGCGGAGUUGUGGGCCUUAAUAAGAGCAUUGGAACUGGCAUCGGACGAAACUUUAAAUGUGUGGACUGACAGCAAAUAUGCUUUUCUAACUUUGCAUGCUCAUGGAGCAGUGUAUAAAGAAAGAGGAUUUAGAGAUUCAGCUGGAAAAUACAUUUUACAUGGGCAUUUGAUAAGUCGUUUACUUGAUGCUGUACAGAGGCCAAAGAAAGUGGCAGUGAUGCAUUGUAGAGGACACCAAAGAGGAGAUGAUAGGAUAACCAUGGGAAAUAGGGCGGCAGACUUAGAAGCAAGGGAAGCGGCCAAGCGCCACGGGCCAACCCCCGAUUUAUCAAUAUGUGUAGCCAUGGAUAUGGGAGUGAUACCACCUGAAAUAAAACCUACCUAUACACAGCAAGAGAGUGUAAAAGCAGUAACUGAUUUACAGGCUAUGGUGGAAAGUGGAUGGUAUGUGUUACCAGACCAGAGAGUGUAUGUGCCGUCGUCUGUAGCCUGGACUUUGGCACAAUUAGCCCAUGGAACUACUCAUAUGGGAAAAACAGCUCUGGAAGCUGCUUUAAAAAGAGAUUAUUACAUUGAUGGCCUAACUGGUAUUGCUGCGGGGGUGGUGUCCAGGUGCAUUACCUGUGCAAAAGUUAAUCCUAGACAAGGACCCUUAUUGCCCCCCGGAGCAAUACCACGUGCAUACAUUCCUAUGGAUUACAUCAUGAUUGAUUUUACUGACAUGCCAAGAUGUGGACUGUUUAAGGCUAUGUUGGUUAUUGUGGAUAUGUAUACUGGAUGGCCAGAGGCAUUUCCUACGAAAACUAAACAGGCGAGAGAAGUGGCACGGCUAUUGCUUAAAGAGAUUAUACCCAGGUUCGGGAUGCCUACCAAUAUUUCCUCUGAUAAUGGUCCUGAGUUUGUUCAUCAUGUUAAUCAGGCAGUAACUCAAGCUGUAGGGAUUCGGUGGAGAUUUCACAGUUCUUUUCAUCCACAAUCAGGAAGCGCUAUUGAGAGAUUGAAUAGAACCCUGAAAGAAAGAAUUACUAAGAUUUGUACUGAAAGUCAUUUGAAAUGGCCUGAUGCUUUACCACUAGCUUUGUAUGCAAUUCGAAGCUCUCCAAGAGGACAACACAAGUUGUCUCCCUAUGAAUUGAUGUUUGGGCGACCUCCAAACCUUUUGCGGCGACAUCUAGCGGGAUGGCCGGAUUUGGGCCAUAAGGGGGGUGUUUGGAGUAUGGAAAUGGUGCAGGAGCUAAGUAAACAGGUUGAAAGAUUACAACAAUAUGUGAUGGAACAGGUACCCCCCAGACUGGUAACUCGCUGUCAUCCCUUUAAACCUGGAGAUCGAGUGUGAGUUAAACAUUGGAAGAAAGAACAGCUAGAGGGGAGAUGGAAGGGACCUUUCACCAUUGUCAUGUCUUCCCCUCUCGCUGUUAAGAUUGCAGAAUCCAAAUCAUGGAUCCAUUGGACACGGGUAAAAGCGGCAGCAGACAAGAGCUGGAGAGUGUCCAUGGACCCGAAAAAUCCAACCAAGCUUACCUUUAGACGCAACUAA